AAUAGUAAACGACACGAAGGACUUUGAAAGGAAGCUGUUAGGGAAAUGCGCGCGUGUUUUGUGUAUAUUGACAUCUGACGGAUUGUAUCGGUUUUCACUGUCGGCUGGUAAUUGUGUGUAUAGCCAUGGAGGUGCCAUCCGUACUGAAGCUAGAUAGUCUGAAGUAUUCGGAAUUACAACAGCUGGCUAAGCAAGCGGGACUUAAAGCUAACCUAAAGGCAGAUCGAUUACUCAAGUCUUUGAAAGAACAUUUUCAUCCUGCUGUCUUGCCAGACCAGAUAAGUGAAGAAAAUAACAAUGAAAAAGACGGAGAAUCUACCAGGCCUGACUUUGCAAGGGGGCAAAGAAAGCGACAGAGGACAAAAGAUGUGAUUUCCAAGAAAACAACAUUGCGCCAAGCUGGAAACCCAUCACCAGCUGCAAAAAUACAAGGGCACUCUGAUCGUUUAUCAAAGUCUGGAUCCAAAUCUUUAACCCCAAACUUUAAAAAAUUGCAUGAAGCUCAUUUUAAGAAAAUGGAGUCUAUCGAUAAAUACAUGGAAAGAAAAAAGACGCGUCUGGAUGCUGUGAGCAAUUCCAUUCAUGAAGCCAAGAUGAUGGCCAUGGAAUCCAAGCUGGUGACGGCAGCUAAAAAGACUCCAAUCAGUAGUUCAAAGAAACGGUUACAGAGCAAGUUCUUCGUCUUAAGCCCUGGGCCAUUGAAGGGACUCGGCUCUCCUGCACCCACACCAACCUGUCGGAGGCAGUCGGCACGUUUCGGCACUGCCAGCAAAAGCAUCCUGGCUAAUAAAUCGGCACUAAAACCAUUUUCUCUCUCAGUGACUAAAAUGAAUGUUAGGUUUUCAGAAACCACAAAGGAUAAUGAACACAAGCGCUCUUUGAUAAAGACACCUGCUAGAAAGUCCUCCUGCUUUGAAACACCAGAGAAGAAAGCAAGAAUAAGCUUCCCACUGCAAGCAAUUGAAUUGGUGGCAGAUGCAAAUAAAAGUUUGCUACUGUGUGAGAGUGAUAUAAAGUGUGAAUUUAGCAAAAUCACACCACACCAAAAUCAGUCUGAUGACAAUAACGUGAAUCAGCCAGUUACUACUCCUUUCAAAUUUACUGCGCAACCCACAACUCCAAGCACCAAUAAAAAGCAAAAGUUUGAUAUCCAGGCAAGUUUGGCACGGCCACUUGGUUAUCAGCCCCACAAAGGUAAAUUGAAACCUUGGAGGCAAGAUAAAGAGAAUAAUACUGGCACCAGGAGUACUGCAUCAGCCAUGAGGGAUAGUUUCAAGCAGCCUAUACUUCCAACACGUGAUUGCAGACGCAAACGGCAUGAAGAAGACAGAAAACUCAAGAGAGACAAUACUGUUGGGACACGGAGAGGCGUUGUAAUGCAGUAAAAUGUUGCUAUUUUAUAUACAUUGUGUACAUACCGGGCAAGUUAGAAAAUGGUUAUUUAAUUUGUUGUCAGUGCUUUGUUUUAAAUGUACUUUGCUCUUUUUCAUUGUUUCUCAUAUACACCAGGAUUGCUAGAUAAACAAUUUUACCAGGUUAAAUAUUAAAUUCAACUAAAAAUUAUAAAUUCCUGGUUUGUACAUCUUUACACAGUUGCAUUAGUUCAGGUGGGACCAAUGUAACUAUGCCAUCCAUGGUUUAUCCCCCUGGAAGCUGGAAAUCGCCAUAGAAGGCACCACUACUAUAGUGAUCUCCACUAGCUUCUGGAUUCCAUGCCGAGUGGCUGCCCAACUGCUUAGUGAACACAGCAGGCCGUCUGCUUGGCAUGGGUGCCACGCAGAGAAUGCUUUGCAUUUUCAAAUUGAGCAAAGUUGGAGAUUGUGAUGUCACUGUCCGGCCUCCACAGUCGGACAACGUUCUGAAUACAUAGAGAAAAUGAAUGUACAAUAUAUAUGUAAAGUGCUCUGUAAAUUGUCGAACAAUUUGAAUACCUGUAAUAAAAUGCGAAGCAAUCUUUAAAUUGGGCAAAUGCCAAGUGGGUGACGUCCUUUGUUCACUGUGCAGCCCAUUCACAGAGGACUCGGAAGCUAGUGGAGAUCACUGGCAUAGCAGUGCCCACUACAGUGAUUUGUAGCUUCUAGGGGGAUCAGCCAGGUAUAGUAUAUGCAUAAUUACAUUGGUCCAAGCUGGACCAGUGCUACUGGGUAAAAUUCUUCUUUAAAGAUAUCGAUAUUAUAUUAUAUAUGCACUCACAUACUAAAUACUGUAGCAGAAAUGGACCUUUAGUUUUUAUUUCCCAAUGUUCAUCUGAGAAGUUUAAUUUCCUUGAAUUAAGUAUUGUGCUUAAACCUCUCAUUGUAUCCAUGGAGCCUACAAUGGCAGCUCUGAGAUUAGUUUGUUAUAUCAGAGCUUACUGAAAGGACCCGUCGCUUUAAACAGGUAUGCAUAGCAAACCAAACCAUUCCAAAAUGUAGAGGUAUGUGCUUAUUGAUGGAGCUUUGUAGAUAUUUCCAGCCCCAAUGUUAAGGAAUAUAUAAUGGGCUGAACAAAGAAAAAAAUGACUUGAUUCCUCCAUCCACUGCACUAUUCUAUUCUGACACUGAGGAGAAUUCCCCAAUUUCUAAUACAUUGAUCGGUGCAGCUGGUUAUAGUCGCUGAUUGAGCAGAAAAAAAUUGACAGGGUGGUUGUACAGAAGUCAAUCAGAUAUUUAUUUACAACCACCCUGCCCAUACAUGAAUCAAAAUUCAGGCAAAUUUCGAACCAUGUAUGGUCGGUUUUAGCAAUCGCAAGCUGGCUAAUGAGUACGUUUAAUAAUGUAAUGCCUAGAGAGGUUGGGUCCAGCUGCAAGAAUUUACAAAUAUUCUCUGAUCUGUUUGUCAACUGCUAUACUGGAAGCAUAUGACUCCAAAAAUAUAAUAAUAGUACGAACUUGCACUAAAACAUUCCAUUACUGAAAGCACAGCUUUAUGGUGAUAUAUCCACUUAGAUUAGGUGCAGUAUUAGGUCCUGGCAAAGGCUAUUGCCCUAUUUUAUAACUCCUUCAAAUUGGCGCUUCUUAAAGUGUUGAGGUGACUAUAGACAAUUUGUAUAUCUUACUAUUUUUUGCUAUUCUAGAUCGUCUGUAGCCAUUUUAUUUUUUUAAAUUUAAACUGACUGAACUGAAAUAUAUUGCUUAUGGUUGUGGUUAGUUUGUCUUUACUCUACUGUGUAAUGCCAAAAAGCUGUAUUGGUUUGCUCCAUCAUUUUGUUGAAUCGGUUAAGUUCUGCUUAGUAGAAUGGCUGUUCCUCCAGAAAAAAAUAAACAUAAUCUAAAGUAA